AUGUCUGUUGUUGAAGCUGUCCUCCAAACGCUUUCUACGUUGAAGUUUGAAAGCACCUCAGCGGAACAAUCUGACCCUCGUCCCACCGCUUUUGAUAAUGAAACGCUGGAAACAGCCGAAAAGCUGCGUGUUUUUCAAUCAUUGCCGACAAUCGCGAAAAACUUGGGAGUUGAAGAAUGUCAGAAAACCCUAGUCCCAAUGCUGGGUGAUCUUGUACAGAAAGCUAUUGGUGCGGGGGAUGACGAGGUUCUCAUGGUGAUUGCUCAAAAACUGCCGGAUCUAGCAGAUGUGUUGGGUAGUGAUGGCGAGGGUGCAAGCUCCCUAAUUCCCAUCAUUUCGGACAUUUUAGUCUUUGUCGAAGAGAUCGUUGUAGUCCAAGCUGCUGCUGACGCAUUUUGCGCCAUUUUACCUCACCUCUCUGCUGAACAAAUUGACAAAAAGGCCCUCCCCUUAAUUCGAAAGCUUCACGAAGAGGAUCUCUUCUGUGCUUCGCGAAAAGUCGUGAGCAAAGUGAUGACCACCUGCUAUCCCCUCGUUCCUGCGAAAGUGCAGUCGGAAUUAAAAUGCCGCCUUAUUCACCUUGCGGACAACGAGGACGAGGUGCCGCUAGUUCGGUCGGCUGCCAUCUAUCAGCUCGUUACUUUGGCACAUCUCAUUGGAAACGAGUUCAAGGCUGAGUUAUCACCGCUCCUGGCGGGCCUGGUUGGAGACAGUCAGCGGAUUGUUCGGGCUGCCUGUGUCGAACCAAUCCUGGAGUUGGGAAAAAUGCUUAACAACAACGAGACUACGGAAUACGAGACGAUGGUUCAGGCCUCUUUGGACAAACUUAAUGAAGAUGGUUCGAGGGACACUCGACGCGCAUUGGCCAGUAAUAUGGCGGAGUUGCAAAAAAUUGCUAUUUCCAGGGGUGGAAGCAGUAAAUCGCUCCAUACGAUGAUGAUGAAUUUGCUGGAAGACAACGAGGUGGAAACGAGACGAAUUGCAGCUAGUCAAUUCAAAGAUUUUUGCCUCGCCUCGCCGAAGGAUGUGCAGACGGACUUUCUGCUGCCGCGAUUGCAAGAACACCUCAAUAUGGAGCGGGAGGAGCGAGUUCGCUCCGAGCUUGUAUGCUGUGCCGUAGGGCUUCUGCCUUCCGCGCGGGUGGAGGACUGUUUACCCCUUGUUCGACCCAUUCUCGCCUUUCUCAAUCACAACCUGGACCAGCCGAAACAGUAUGUUUUCGAGUACUUCUCCCAGCUGAUGUCCUUUAUCCCCUCCAGCGAGAUCCAACUCACCAUCCUGCCGAGUCUAGUGAAUUUGUGGCAGGGGAAGAACUGGCGUGUUCGACUUGGCGUGGUGCAAUCCCUUCCCUAUCUCUUCGCCACCCUGCCGGAGAGUUGCCUCCGGGAGACCAUUCUCCCAUCCACUCUGGCCUGGCUCCUCGAUCCCACCUGGGCGGUGCGCGAUUGUGCGUGCCGAAGCCUCGCCCGUCUCCUCAGCGUCUGUCCCUCCGCCGCCACCGAUGCCAUCAUGGGUACUGGCGGUGGCGGUGGAGAUAAAGACGUUGGCACUGGCGUCACCUCCUCUCCUCCCUCUGCGACCAUCUCCUCCAGCAUUGUGGGCUCUGUGACCUCAGCUUCUGCCUUGACGUCGGCUGACGCUUCGGGCGAUGCUGGGAACACUGGGGCCGGCGUCGGCGUCGGAGGUGCAAUAUCGAUCGCCACUUUGACCGCCAAUGCGGCUGCUAGGGGUCUACGUGCCCUGGCCUCCGAUUCAAACUACCAUUUGCGUCAGAUCUUCAUUCUCGCCGUCCAGGCGCUUUGGGGACCAGGGAUUCCGGAGGAGCCGUCCUACAGCGCACUGGGUGAUCUUUCUCCUAAUGUGGGUCUCAUAUCUCCCGCCCUGCUCUACGAUUUUGCACUCCACCAUCAUCGUCAGCAGCGGCAGCCGCAACAGCAACAAGGGAAGACACCGGAUAAGUGUGCGCCCCCUCCAGCUGGUUUGCCGGCAGCUGGACUGCAGACCUGCCUCCAACUGCUGCUGCAACUGCUCACUGCCGAUCCUGUGCCUAACGUCCGUUUCGCAGCCGCCCGCGCUCUUGUCAUCAUUUCCGCCAGUCUUGACGCCAAAGCGACCCAAAAGCAGGUAAUCCCGGCGUUGAAGAAGGUGCUGGAGGAGGAGAAGGACUUUGACGUCCGAUUCUAUGCACAAGACGCUCUCAAGGUCUGCGCCAUGUCGUGUCGACAUCGUGGAGGCGGCGCGUGGUUCGGAUUGGACAGCAUGAAGAAGUUUACUUUCCUCAUGACCGGCAACGCUUUUGAUUGGGGUGCUUUUAACCCUGAAAUGUCAUCUGAUUGGACGAGGUGCAGUACCCUCCUGGAGGCGGCGCGCAGGUACUUUGCUAAGCGCCAAGGUGACGAAGGUGAGCGUGAGUAUCAGAGGAAGAGACACAUGUCCAGUCGGUGCAGAGGCGCAGUGGCCUCGGGAUCACUUGCAUUCAUUCAUAGCGAGGGUCACUGA